AUGAAUCCCGGUUUUCUGAUUAAAGAGGAGUGCUCGUCGGACAGCGACCAGCUGGCGGCACCACCGAGGCCGAUGGAAGGGCUGAACGAGGUGGGCCCGCCGCCUUUUUUAUCGAAGACUUUCGAGAUGGUGGAUGAUUUUAGGACAGGGCAGAUUGUCUCUUGGAGCAAUGGAGGAAAUAGCUUUGUGGUUUGGGAUCUUCAUGCUUUUGCUAGCAAUAUAUUGCCCACAUACUUCAAGCACCACAAUUUCUCCAGCUUUGUUAGGCAGCUCAAUACCUAUGGAUUCAAGAAGAUAGACUCCGAAAAAUGGGAAUUCGCAAACGAAUAUUUCAUCAAGGAUCAAAAGCAUCUACUAAAGAACAUAAGAAGAAGAAGGAAAAAUCCCUCUAAUGCCCCAUUUUCUCACCAACAAUCCACUACAAAUAAUCCAUGUGUCGAAAUUGGUACUUUCGGACAAGAUAUUGAAAUCGACCGAUUAAAACGAGACAAAGAAGUCCUCACGAUGGAGCUCGUCAAGCUCAGGCAACAACAGCAAGAAACACGAUCUCACUUGCAUCGAGUGGAGCUAAAUUUGCGAAAGACUGAGCUGAAACAGCAGCAGAUGAUGAGGUUCCUAGCAAAGGCGGCGCGAAAUCCCGAUUUCGUAUGUCAGUUGAUCCAAAUGAAGGCGAGAAAUAAAGAAAUCGAGGAGGAUAUCGGUAAAAAAAGGCAAAGGCCGAUCGAAUACGGAGAGUCGAGCUCGAGCCGAAGCGGAAACUAUCCUAGUAAAAUCAAAAUCGAGCCAUUGCACGGUUUUCAAGUUUCAGAGCUCGAGGCGCUUGCGUUGGAAAUGCAGGGAUUGGGGAGGGCGAAACGGGAAAACGAGGAAAAAUCGGAAGGGCUCGAGGAAUUAGGGAAUUGUUGUGAUAAAGAGCUUGAUGAGGGUUUUUGGGAGGAGUUGCUAAGUGAGGGUUUUGGUGAAGGGGGUGAUGAUGGUGAUAAUGAUGGUGAUGAAGAGGAUGUUAAGGUGUUGGCUGAUAGGUUUGGGUAUUUGGGGUCAAGUCCUAAUAAGUGA